GUGGUGUGUGUGUGUCUGGUGUUGUCAUGCUGUUUGUGUGUGUGGAGGAAAUGCCUGAAGAAGAAAGACAAGGACACAGAUAAGGAGAAGAAGAAGAAGAAGAAGAAGGGUAAGAACGGCUUGAACACGGACACUGAGCUGGAGGGAGGCAACUCUGAGCCCCUGACGGAUGAGAGUGACACAGAGACUGGAUUGACUGGCAGGGAGGAGGAGCCUAAAGAGGAAGUGAAGUUGGGCAGACUGGAGUUCUCAUUGGACUACAACUUCACAGAGAACACGAUGGUAGUAGGUAUCCUGCAGGCUUGUGAUCUCCCAGCCAUGGAUGUGGGGGGAAGUUCAGACCCGUAUGUUAAACUCUACCUGCUGCCAGACAAAAAGAGGAAGUUUGAGACUAAAGUCCACAGGAAGACACUCAACCCAACCUUCAAUGAGACUUUCACCUUCAAGGUACUGUACAGUGAGCUGGGAGGCAGGACUCUGGUGAUGACAGUGUAUGACUUUGACCGUUUCUCUAAACACGACGCGAUUGGAGCACUACGAGUACCAAUGAGCAGCCUGGACUUCAGUCAGAUGACACAGGAGUGGCGGGAGCUGAAGAAGGCAGAGAAAGAGGAGUCAGAGCAGUUGGGUGAUAUCUGUCUGUCUCUGAGGUACGUUCCUACAGCAGGGAAACUAAGCAUUGUCGUCCUCGAGGCCAAAAACCUAAAGAAGAUGGACGUAGGAGGACUGUCAGACCCCUAUGUAAAGAUCCACCUACUGCAGAAUGGAAAAAGACUGAAGAAGAAGAAAACCAGCAUCAAGAAGAACACUCUCAACCCUUACUACAACGAGUCCUUCAGCUUUGAGGUGCCCUUCGAACAGAUACAGAAGGUGCAGGUAGCAGUGACAGUGUUGGACUAUGAUAAGAUUGGGAAGAAUGAUGCCAUCGGGAAGGUGUUUCUGGGCGGAGCCAGCAGCGGCACGGAGCUCCGUCAUUGGUCAGACAUGCUGGCCAACCCCCGCCGGCCCAUCGCCCAAUGGCAUGGCCUCAAAGCAGAGGACGAAGUCAACGCUGAACUGGCUGCCAGGAAGUGAUGUCACGUUACUAGGCAGCUCUCUGUAGCAGACUGACUUUGCCCUCCUACCCACCACAGGAGGUUGGUGGCACCUUAAUUGGGGAGGACGAGCUCGUGGUAACGGCUGGUGCGGAAUCAGUGGAAUGGUAUCAAAUACAUCAAACACAUGGUUUCCAGGUGUUAGAUGCCAUUCCAUUCACUCCGUUCCGACCAUUAUUAUGAGCUGUCCUCCCCUCAGCAGCCUUCACUGCUACCCACUUACCAACUCCAAAAUACCUGAUUCCCAUCCACCACUCAUGAACCCCCAUCAGCAAACCCACUCCUUAACCCCCCAAUACUUCACUGGUAUGCAACCCUAUCAAGCCUUACUCAACCCCCACUAACUUCCUAACCCCCAAUACUACCACUCGUGCUCCCCCAAACCCCUUCCUCUACUGUUUAAAGUAUUUAAGACACAUUACGUAUCUAGGACAAUAACAUGUAUAUCAUGAUAAUACUAUUAAACAUGUACAUUAUACUAUGUUAUUAAACAUUCAGAGAAUUUU